AUGGAAUCGAACAUGCCAGAUGAAAGAAGAAUGUGGUUAGAAGGAGGUGCCAGACGGAGCGGCAGCAAUGAUGUAUCAUCGAGGCGCCGUUUCAGGAAGAAUGGACGGACCAAACUGGAGAAAGUAUUACUGUUUUUGGUGGUGGCUUUGCUGGCUGCUCUGGUGGCUGUUGUGGUGGUGUUCGUUCUUAGUCAGGGAAAACAUUCAACUAGCUCGCAACAACAAGAACCUUCUAGUGCCGAACCAGAUGUCUGUCUCACAAAGGGGUGUAUAGCCGCAGCGGCCAGGAUCGACAGCUACAUCGACUACAGCAUCGACUCCUGCCAGGACUUCUACCAGUUCGCUUGUGGCCGGUGGAUGAAGGAAAACAUCAUCCCAGAUGAUAGUCCAAGCCUCAGCACGUUUGGCAUGCUCCGCGACCAAGUGGAUAUAGUUCUCAAAAAUUUACUGGAAGAGGCCGACAAUCCCACUGACUUAGGAUGCAUCAAGAAAGCCAAAGACUUCUACAGGGCAUGUAUGAAUUUAGAUGUUAUCAACUCAAGAGGAGACGCAUCACUAAGGGAUUUGCUGUUGGCAGAGUUUGGAGGCUGGCCACUGGUCACUAGCAACUGGUCAGAUGAGAACUUUGACCUCGUCUCCACACUGAUCCACUUGAACACUUUUGGUAUUUUCCCGGUAAUUUCCUUUCUCGUGGGCGCUGACUACAAGAACUCCACCAAGUAUGUUUUUAAGUUAGAUCAACCAACUUUUGGUAUGCCCGGACAGAAGUAUUACCAGGUGCCUAGAAACGACACCAUGUUGAUGGCGUAUGAAGAAUACAUUUUUCAAGUGGGACAGCUCCUGGGUUUUGUCCAUCCCAGUUCGGCGCGGCAGGAAGUUGCUGAUAUUGUUGACUUUGAAAUUCUUCUAGCCAACAUAUCAGUUCCUGACGAGAACAGACGGGACAGCCUUGCCCUGUACAACCCCAUGACCUUGGCUGAAGUUCAUGGCAACUAUAGCCAGGUGUUUGACUGGCUGACCUAUGUCCACUCCCUGACGUCACGUCCAGAGCUGGGCCUGACUGGUGUCACAGAGGAAGAAAUCAUCAUCAAUGCAUCACCUCCGUACUACCAGCGACUAAUUGAUGUACUUGCUACAACUCCCAACAGAACUGUGGCUAACUACAUUGUGUGGAGAUUUGUUCGAAGCAUAGUAUUUACACUAGGAGACAACUACAAAGAGCACUUUAUUGCUUACCGAAAGGCGCUUCUUGGAACUUCUACUGAACGACCCAGGUUCAGAACCUGUUCAGCGUAUACCACACAGACAAUCGGGCUUGCAGUAGGAAGGUUGUUUAUUAGGGACAACUUUGAUGAGGAUGCAAAAACUAUCGCCUUGGAGAUGAUCACGGGUCUCCAGAAUGCCUUCAACGAACUUCUUCAAGACAAUGACUGGAUGGACGAGGACACAAAGAAAGUGGCCAGAGAAAAGAACGAGAACAUUUCCCCAAAGAUCGGCUACCCACAAGAACUCACCAAUAACAGUUAUCUGGAGCAUUACUACGCCAAUUUCACAUUUCACAAGGAUCAGUAUUUCGAGAACAUCCUAGCAACGUUCCGGGAGAAUUUUCACAGCAAUUUUCGGCGACUUCGGGAAACAGUGGAUAAAUCUAAAUGGGAAACUCCACCGUCGACUGUCAACGCGUUUUACAACUCCCUCAAGAAUCAGAUUA